AUGUCAACCCUCACCCGCGCAUUUACUAAGCGCAAUAAGCGGCCGGAAGUGUCGGCGCCCAUGCCGUAUCGCGGUGAAGGGCAUGUGCGAUUUAACUCGGGCUCCAUCAAACGGAGCAACAUCUCGGGGCCCGUUCAGUUGAUAUCAACCACCAACAUGCUCGCCUACAACGCACCCGACAUCCACUCCUCCACCUCCUCGUCCGCCUCGUCAUUGCGGUCGGGGGAUGACUUUGAUGCGGUCUCCCCGCACAGUUAUUCGUCCUCCAUCACUACUCCCGACGUGUCGCCACUUGACUCUAUCCCCGUGGAUGCGAACGCCGCUUCGUACUUCCCCAAGCGGUCGGUAACGGUGACAAGCCACCCGCGCUCUUCCACUACCUCCUCGUCAUCCAAUGAUGCCCCGCUAGUCCCUCAACGGGCGCUGUCGCACACCAAGCGAUCGCACCAAGAGUUGGCCCGGAAGCGCUCCCAACAUCGCAUGUCGCCACCUCCAUUGGCCGCUCCACGCAGCAAUCCCACGAUCCGUGCCUCUCAGGAUAUGUUCUUUUCCGAGACUCACCCGUUCAGCAAGGAGCUGGAACAGGUCAAUGAGGUGGCGGAGGAGUUUGGUGCUACCCACGUGAUGGAUGAAGAAGAAAUCGUUUUGCACCGCAAGGGCCUGAAGAAGUUUACUGUCGAUGAUUACCUCACCGAGAUCGAGGAUCUCUAUGGAAGCAUCUUUGACGACCGACUGGGGUCCAUCAGUAUGGGGCCCUGGCUUUGA